AUGAAUUUUUCAACAAAUGAAAUAAGAACGGUUAAAUUGAUUUUAAUCUUUUGGUUAAUUUAUAUCUUCAAUUCAAAUAGUAUUAAAUUAUUAAAUGAUCAAUCAUUUAACUAUUUUAAUAAACACAUUCAAUUAAUGAGUAAUAAGCAACAUGUAAAAAUAAAUUCAUUAUCGUUAAUUAUUGCUCAUCCAGAUGAUGAAAUUAUGUUUUUCAGUCCUACCUUAUUGCAGUUAAAUAAUUAUUUGGAGAAAGAUAUCAUGUUCAAUGUAGUGUGUUUAUCACAAGGGUUAGAUUCAACAGGAUCUUUUAAAGAUCCACAGAGAGUUCAUGAAUUGAAUGAUUCCUUAAAUCUUUUAUUUAAUAGAGGUUCUAAUAAUGAGCAUAACAGAAAUUUCAAAUUGAUUCAAUUGGAUUAUACAGAUGGGAUGAAAGAAAUUUGGAAUAUGGACUUAAUAGUAGAUGAUUUAUUGCAAAAUUUAAAUUUCACUGAUAAUGGUAUAAAUUUAUUAUUAACUUUUGAUAAAUCAGGUGUCUCAAAUCAUAAAAAUCAUCUUGCUUGUAAUGAAGCUGUUACAAAGUUAUUAAAGUAUUCAAAUCCAGAUUCAAAUUUAAUUGGUAUAUUUUUAAAUAGCCAUUCCAAAAAUUUCUUUCUAAAAUAUUCAUUUUUCGUUUCCAAAUUGUUUACCAUUAUUAAAUUGAAGUUCUUUAGAUCAAUCUCUUUAUUCUAUAGUUUUUGUUUCCCAAACUCCGAUUUUUUGCAAUCAUAUCAAAUCAUUUCACAUUAUGACUUGAAUACAAAGACAAACCUUUCAUUCACUUUUUUUAAUCCGUUUGCAAAAUAUAUGUUAUCAUAUUCAACUAUGUUGAAUGCUCAUGAAUCUCAAAUGGUUUGGUUUAGAUAUUUGUGGUGGAUUUUUUCAAGAUUUGCCUUUAUUAAUGAUCUAACAAUCGUCAACUAG